GGUUGGCAACGCGAAGCAACACGUGUGGACGAAAACAGCUGUUCAAGCCGCAUUUUAUUGUUAUUUGGAAGCUGAACAAUAUUAGUUCCGUUUACUAAAUCAUUAAAAUGUCUGCGAAUAAGCAAAAGAAACUGAACACGAUGGAGGUGGAUCCUAACGAUGAGGACUCAAGUUCCAGUGAGGAUGAUGACGACGACGAACCUCAUCCAGAUGCUUACAGGGGAAACGAGGAGGUGCAAAUCGACUUCGAAGGUCGUUCUCCGGUGGAUCCCGAUGCCCAGGGAAUCUCCCAGCUGCUGCAGCGACUGUUCCUAAGAGCCCACAUCAAUUGCAACCAAAUGGCGGACCUUAUCAUAUCUCAAAACUACGUGGGCAGUGUGAUCUGCCAGUGCGACGAUGAGGGCGCCGAGAGCGAAACUGACGACGAAAACAUGGUCGAGGAUGGCACUGUCUUUGGAAUCACCUCCGUGCUGAAUCUGACCGCCAAGAAGGAUCAGCCCAGCAUCGCCCAGUUGAGAACCUAUCUACUCGAUCGCGCCAAGUCGCACGCCUCGGAGCAAGUGCAGCAGCAGCUGAAGGAGAUCCUGGACAACGAGCAGCGCCAUGUGGGAUUCCUGGUCAACGAGCGGUUCAUCAACAUCCCCGCCCAGAUCUCCGUGCCACUACUGCAGAGUCUGCAGCAGGAGAUCGACGCCGCCAAGGCCAAGAAAAUGAAGUUCGACUUUGGCACUCUGCUGCUCCUGGUUAAAUUCUACAGGAAGGAGGCCAAGAAGGGAAAGCCAGCCGAGGACAAUUACACCAAUGCUGAGGAUGAGCUGCUGUCGGAUCGAGCCAAGUUCUCCUUCGAGUACUCCGUGGCCUCCGAGACGGACUCGGGCAUGUCCGGCGAUUGGCUGGAAGGCGAUGCAGUGAUGACACCCUACAGGAAACUCCUGGUCCUGGAGGCCAAGCAGUUGCCACAACUUAUUGACGAUAUACAGCGUUUCAUUAAUGGUGAAUAAAUGUUUCCCUUUUUAAAA